UAUAAAUGAAAUUGUUUCUCUUUAAUGCUUUCAUGAAACAAUUUCUCUAGCUGGGUCACUCUGUCCCGGACUUUUCAGGGCUAGAGCGGAACUCCUUAAUUCGACACCACACACACAGCAGCCUUCAACACAAUUUGACAGUCUUUUGCCCGAUCUCAAUCUGGGCCAAGUUCAAAACACAAAGAGCAGCCCAUCUUCACUACUCCACGUUCCACAAGUAGAGAGUUUGUGGAUAGCAUUUUCUUCCGUAUCAAAUCAAACCAUUUCUGUCCCCACUUUAUCCAUGCAACUCCUACGUGGCAACAUGCCAUUGAUCCACAGCACAUCCAUGCAAUCUUUCUCUUCCACAAAAAAUCUUCAUCUCAUACAGAACAAAGUCCUCUGACCCCGUCGAUCACCACCACCGCCGUUCGUUUCCGGUACAGUUAAACCUUCCUCAGCAACAAAACUACUAAGGAAUCAUGGCAGCCACAUUUGCUAGCUCAUCAGCUGUUACAGGGUUGGGCAGUAGCUCACUUUCAUCCCCUUCUCGCGCUUCUUCGCCAAAGAAAAUCUGCCUUAGCUCAGGAUUUGUGAAAUCUCCGGUUGCAGCUAGAAGCCCCUUGAGGCUAGCAGGUACUCAUGGAGGAAAGUUCAUGUGCUUUGAGAGGGAUUGGCUGCGCAAAGACCUGAAUGUGAUAGGGUUUGGAUUGAUAGGGUGGCUAGCACCAUCAAGCAUACCAGCAAUCGGCGGCAAGAGCUUGAGUGGUCUCUUCUUUGAGAGCAUUGGUACUGAGCUUGCUCACUUCCCUACACCUCCUCCUCUCACUUCCCAGUUUUGGUUAUGGCUGGUGACUUGGCACCUAGGGCUAUUCAUUUGCCUUACAUUGGGGCAAAUUGGCUUCAAGGGAAGGACUGAUGAAUACUUCUAAACUUAAGUAUUAGCUAGCACGCCUUUUGUUUGUAUUCUAUCUAUGCAUGAUAUUUAUAUUGUGUC